GCAGCUUGGAAACUGAAACACCGUCCCCAGAAGUAGUUCGUGUAGCCAGCAAAUCCUCAAAAUAAUCGACCAUGAGGUUAUUCUUCCUCUUAAUGACUGGAUGUUUAUUGCACAAAGUAAAGGGCCAACAGUGUAGUGGGACUGGUAUUAACGGAAUAGCUGCCUGCAAAUGUAACUUUAUGGAGGCCUGUGAUGCACAAGGAAACCUGAAUGGCAACUUAGCACAAUACUUGCCGACAGGUGUGCAUCAGUUCGGGCUUUUCGAGCAAGGGCAGCAAAACCUGGCAUAUUUGUGUGAAGGCGGUGGAGCAGUAGGGAUUCUUUAUGACUGUAAUAACCGAAUUCCUCUCUAUGCGGCCACUGUGAUUAAUGGGGCCCAGUUAUCAGGAAGAGACCGAGGGGGUCGACCACGCAUUAGAUUUUCACAAAGCAGGUUGCUCAAACCGCGUUUUCAACAAGAAAAUAGAGAUUACGUACGCGCUACUGAGCGAGAACUUUGCUUUAAAAGUAAAACACUAAAUGGUGCGUACCUCUUUGAAAUGGAGUGGUUGAUAGCAAGUGGAAGCAGAAAACGUCCCAGGAAUUGUCCAAAAACAUCAAUACACCGCGGGCACUUGAUUGCCUCUCAAUACGGCCGCAACAAUCAAGCCAAGAAGAGAGCAACUUUUACCUACACCAAUGCUGUGCCUCAAUUCGGAAUGUUUAAUUCGCAACCUUGGCAAGUCUGCGAAAGCCGACUUAUUACAUGGGGAAAUCAAAACUGUGCUCAAGUGAAAGGUGCAACAAAUGUUCAGUUUUUUAUCGUGGUUGGUGCUAUCCCAUCGACAGCAGGUCAAUCCGCGAAACCGAGAUAUUUUGGCAAAGGGGGCUUCAGCGACUUCAAAGACAGUAUCGGCGAUUACCGGGUGAACGUGCCUAGCGACUUGUGGACUGCUGCGUGCUGUAGUUACAGCGAUAAAGGAACACUGAAAUAUCACAGCACGGCCUUCUGGAGGGAAAACAAUCCGGGAAAAGCACCAUGUCAAAGGACAGACGUAGGCGGCUUGACGAGGGAGUUGUCCAAACGGAUUCACGGUGGGACCGUGAGUUUCAAUCUAUUUCCGACUAAAUCCCAGUGCAACAAUAAGGGAAAUUAUAUCCCUCUGCCGUGAUACAGAAAGUUAUGUCAGCCACCAUAAGUAAAGAAAUGUCGUCGAGAGCAUAGAAAGAGCUUUUAAUUUUAACAGAGAACUGUAAAGCUUAUUUUUCAAAUCGAGUUUAAGUUCAUCAAGAAAUAAAAACAUCGACGGUUGUAAUCAUGCGCUCACAUGUUCACAUGGUUGCUUUACUCUACAGACUAGCUUUUUGAACUCAAUAUUGAUUUUUAAAAUAUUACUUUAGCGGUUUUAUUUUGUUAACUAUGUACGUUUCUCUAU